AUGACUACUAAUAACGUAGGAAUACAACACUCAAAAGAUAUCCCAGAAACUGACCCAGACAAUGACAGCCACCUGCAUGCACUGGAACUGGAAGGAACAUCAUCAAAAGGAGCUGUAGAUGGGCUUGGUACAGCAUGUGAGACACACAGUAGUGGCAGUAAUAUACACCACCUGAAGAUUAAAUUGUCUACGAGUUUGAGCAAACAAUGUCCUGCUUGCUCUUCUAUAUUCCAAAGUCAUCUUAGUUUGAGAAAUCACUUAAAAAAUGCCCACUUUGACCUGGAAUUUCUGAAGUGUUUACAUUGCAGCAGUGAGAUAUAUGGUAAUUAUGAAAUGUUUCUAGAUCAUUUAAGGUCACACUUGGAUCAAGAGGGAGAGGAGGCUGCAACAGGGAGUGAGGCUAAGACUCAAGAAUGCCAAGUGUGCCAUAAGCAAGUGCGAAAAAUAAAUUUUUUACGUCAUUUAGCGUCUCAUAAGAAAGUCCCAUGUCCUGAGUGUAAGACUCAUAUUCUUCCACACAAUCUUAAGCGUCAUGUAAAUGACUGUCACACGAGGGGGAGAAAUUAUCCAUGCCCUGACUGUCCAACUAUGUAUCAUGAUGCUUCUAGUUUGUUAAGUCACCGCAAGAGGAAUCAUUUUGGUGAUGAGACACGACACCACCUAUGUAAAGUGUGCAGCAAGAAAUUCCUAUCGCCGUCUGACCUUCGUAUCCAUAUGAAUGGUGUUCACAACAAUAUUAAAAGGUUUGUGUGCGAGUUCUGUGGGCUUGGAUUCAAGGUCUCAUCAGCACUCUUGUAUCACCGUCGCCUGCACACCGGGGAGAGGCCCCACUCAUGUUCAAAGUGUGAGAGAUCAUUUCAUAUCCCGUCUUACUUAAAGCGUCACCUGAAGCGUGACCAUCAAGAAGAGUAUCUAGGCGUGUACUACAAGAAAGGGCAACCAAAAAGUCGAGAAGAUCGUAGUCGGGCUAGGCGACAUGGCUCACACCUUCCAAGCACAGCAGUUCCAUUUAUAAAUGAACCAAGUAUAUCAAAACAAGAGGUUUUGGAGAUCACAGUGCCUACUGAAAUGGAUUAG